AUGAAGUUUCCAAGAAUCAAUUGCAAUAUUUCACUUGUUUCAAUACUCAUUUUGUUGUCAGCUUCUUGGACAAUUUCAUAUCCAAUUCAAGAGAGUUUUCUGCUAUGCCUAAAUAAUAAUUCUCAGCCUUCCAUUCCUUUCUCAGCUUUUUGCAGCAAAAACGAUUCUUCAUUUUCUUCACUCCUGCAAUCUUCUGCUCAAAAUCUCAGGUAUUUGGAGCCUUCAAAGCCAAAACCUGAGUUCAUCUUCACACCUUUGCAUGAAUCCCACGUCCAAGGCGCUGUUAUUUGCUCCAGGGAGCUUGGAAUUCACAUGAUAGUCCGCAGUGGAGGCCAUGACUAUGAGGGCCUCUCUUAUGUCUCAGAAAUCGAAACGCCUUUUAUCGUUGUAGACCUGGCGAAGCUUCGAUGCAUUAGCGUUGAUAUUCCUGAUAACAGCGCCUGGAUCCAGGCCGGUGCCACAAUUGGUGAAGUCUACUACAGAAUUUCAGAGAAAAGCAACACUCAUGGUUUUCCUGCUGGUCUUUAUACAAGUUUAGGCGUUGGCGGGCACAUCACCGGAGGUGCUUAUGGCGGCCUGAUGAGAAAAUAUGGCCUUGGAGCUGACAAUGUUAUUGACGCUCAAAUUGUCGAUGUUAAUGGCAGAAUUCUCGACCGAGCAGCCAUGGGAGAAGACCUGUUUUGGGCUAUAAGAGGAGGUGGAGGAGCAAGUUUUGGAGUUAUUCUUUCCUGGAAGAUAAAACUUGUUCCUGUGCCACCAAUUGUGACAGUUUUUACGGUUAACAAAACCCUGGAACAAGGCGCAACAAAGACUCUCUACAGAUGGCAACAGGUUGCGGAUAAACUUGAUGAAAACCUCUUCAUUAGAGUGAUCAUUCAUGUGGCUCCAGUCACGGAUAGCCUGAGAGCUGUCAUAACUAAAUACAACGCCUUGUUUCUCGGCGGAGCUGACAGACUUCUCCAGAUUAUGCAACAGAGUUUCCCCGAAUUGGGUUUAACUCAACAGGAUUGUAUCGAAACGAGCUGGAUUAAAUCGAUGCUUUACAUGGGUGAACAUCCAAGUGACGCCACACCAGAAGUUUUACUUCAGGGAAAGUCUACAUUCAAGAACCAUUUUAAAGCCAAAUCAGACUUUGUCAAAGAACCAAUUCCUGAAACUGCGCUUGAAGGGCUAUGGACAAGGCUACUUCAAGAAGAAAUUCCAUUGAUGAUAUGGAACCCUUAUGGAGGCAUGAUGAGCAAAAUUUCGGAAUCCGAAAUCCCAUUUCCUCACAGACAGGGAACCCUUUUCAAAAUCCAGUAUGUUAGUAUGUGGCAAGAUGGAGGUAAAAAUGCAGAAAGGCACAUAGAUUGGAUUAGGGAGCUUUACCAUUACAUGACUCCUUAUGUGUCAAACCCCAGGACGGCUUAUGUUAAUUACAGGGAUCUUGAUUUGGGGGUGAACAAGAAAAGUAACCCGAGUUUUGCAAAGGCCAAUGCUUGGGGUGCCAUGUAUUUCAAAGAUAAUUUUAAGAGAUUGGUGACAGUGAAAACUAAAGUUGAUCCUGAUAAUUUCUUUAGGCAUGCGCAGAGUAUUCCUCCAGUACGCAAGACAAGGGGGAACUUCUGGAAAGUCUGGAAUCAUAAUUCUGAGUAG